CGAUGGCAUGCGGAUGCGUCACUGUUCUUCAUAAACAUAAUACAAUUACAAUCCCCCCCCUCCUUUCUCUGUUCUACACGGCUUUUCCUCAUCUCACCAAAAUGGCUCAGAAAGUGGUGCUGAAGGUAAUGACGAUGACGGACGACAAAUCGAAGCAGAAAGCAAUCGAAGCCGCUGCCGACAUCUACGGCGUUGAUUCGAUCACCGCGGAUCUGAAGGAUCAGAAACUUACGGUGGUUGGAUCGAUGGACGCGGUGGCGAUUGUGAAGAAAUUGAAGAAAGUAGGUAAAGUGGAUAUCAUAUCAGUCGGACCUGCGAAGGAAGAGAAGAAGGAAGAGAAGAAGGAAGAGAAGAAGGAAGAAAAGAAGGAAGAGAAGAAAGAGGAGAAGAAGUAAAGUAGAAGCCAAAAAGUACACAAUUCCUUUACUCGUUCUUUCAAUUUUUAUUUUCCAUACAUUUUCCAUAUAUAUAUAUAUAUACAUGCAUAUGUAUUUCUCUUAAACAUCGAAAUCUCUACUGAUCCCGGUUAAUCGCCGGACUACUUCGCCUCC